CUUGCCGAAAAGGGUUAAAAAAAAAACCAAGGAAUGGACCAGCGGUGUCUAUAAACAGGAGCAGCAGAACAAAGGCGCACAACUAUAACGAAAUAAUUAUACCAAAAACAAAGCAGACAACACAACAACAACAAUAACAGAGACCUAAAAAAGUACAAAAUAAAAGCAAAGACACAAAGCCAAUACAAGAAGAGAAGAGUACCAUAUUUCUGCUUGUUUUGAAAUGAAGAGAAAAUAAAAAAUAAAAAUAACGAAGCUUUAAAACACAAUAACAACUAGAACAAAGGUAGCAGCACACAAAAAAGUCUUGAAAUAUAACAAAAACUGCAACAGUAAUUGCUGAUAUACUUGCAACACAACCAAAUUACUAUAGCAACAAGCAACAACAGCAAUAAAAAUCAGCAAUAACAACUUUUACAAGUACCUACACACACACACACAUACACACUGAAGGCUCUAAUAGCGCAGGCACCAGCAACAUGGAGAACAUGUCAUCAUCAAUUGAACCGGUGCCGGUGGUGCCGCGCACCGCCAAUUUGCUGGCGUGCAAACAAUGGUGGCGCGUCUGCUUCUUAUAUGGCGACCAGCAGAAGUACUAUCGUCAAGUUUACAGCAAAGCGGCUGCGCAACGGCUGGCGCUCUCCACUGGCGGCACGCUAACAGCCACCGGCUUUCCACCAGACAACAGCAGCGGCAACGACAACGAUAAUGACAACGAAAAUGAGACGCACAGUGGCAAGGACAGCGGCUGCAGUGGCAGCAUGCAGACCGCUGACUAUGAUACGGUGGCUGGCGAUUUUAUCGAAACGCAAUUAGACGACGCAGAUGCUAGCGAAAUACUAGCAACAACAGCAACAUCAAUUACAGCUACAACAUUGGCAGAUGCGAUCAACAGCACCGAUAUGGUUAAAAACCAUAAUCAGGAGUUGAACAAACUGACAGCGAAGCGUAAGAAGAAGCAGAAGGCUAAAGAAGGUGACGAGCAAGCGCCACCAGUGCCACUCUUUCCCUCCAAAUAUCAGACCAUGAAUGUCAGUGCGUCCGAGUCGCCGGGCACGAAUGCGCUUUUCAACACAACGAGUCGCGGCAAAAAGUUGCUACGCUCGCUGCGUGUGCACGUCGGCAAGGGUGGUGACAAGUCGGCGAAGACACGGCAUAAAGCGGCGCAAAACUCACCCGACCAACCCGAGAGCGAGGCUACCAAAGGUAAUGCCAAAGUCACUGUGCUGGAUGACCCGUUCCUUUUCGGCAUUGACGCCGAUCAUUUGGGUGAUUUGGUGCGCGGCAAGCAAUAUGCGCCCAACACCACCGAACAUAUUUCCCAAUAUUAUAAUACCUAUCUGGAACAAGAGCAGCUCGCAUUGGAUGCGCAUAACGGCGCUCAGUUAGACUUCGGUCAACAUCUGUCUACAGCUUCUUCAACACCCGUGCAAUACGGCUUCAUGCCACAAGGGCCAGAUGCGGAACCAAAGCCCGCGCUGCCACCUAAAAAGAAGAAGCAGAGUAAAUACGAAUCUCUCGGUGGUUUAAUGCAUGGUGAUCUCGUCGAUGGUGGCUCUUCAGAACUGCAGCUAAAUGAGAGCGAUUUACAAUUUUUGAAUUUGAAUAUGCGCAAUCGCAGUUUGCCGCGCAGUAUGAAACCGUUCAAGGAUGUGCCUACUGAUAUUAGUUUCACAUUCACUGAGGCGGAUGGUGAUGCUGCGUCGCCCCCACAUCCAGCGCCGCUGCAGAAGAGCGCCACCUGUGAGCGCGACAUGAAUUUGGGUGCGAAUCUGAAAAGAGAGGAGUGUGAUGAGCCCAUCAGUCGCACGCCGCUCACACAGGUCUCCUACCUGCAAAAGAUACCAACACUGCCGCGCCACUUCUCGCCCAGCGCAGCAGCAGCAGCGACGGGCGGAAGUAGCAGUUUAGGCCUUGGCGCGCCAGGUGCAACAUCAGCACUGCUCGCCGGCAGCGUUUUGCCCAGCAGCUCGUCAGCUAGCGCUUUAUAUAGUCCCAAUGCCACAGGUUUGCCGACCUCACCGCUGCCCCUACAGCGUCAAUUUCAUCACGCGCCACCACCGCAACACGGACAACAACAACAACAACAGCUACAACAUCAACCGCCUUUGCCGCCACUACAUCAUCAUCAAUUGCAUCCGCAACAAUAUUUGCCACCGCAUCACCAGCUGCCACCGCCAGCGCCGCCGCAUGCCGCUGCCUCAACGGUCGGUAUGUUGGCGCAUCAUGCACCACAACAGUAUUCACCGGCGCAUUCAGCGCAUUCUUCAUCGUCCAAGUACUCCAGCUCAUCGCUGAAGCACCAACAGCAGCAACAACAACAACAGCAUCAUGGUAUGCCGCAACCACAGCAACAUGCGCCACACCAGCUGUCGCCGGCGAUUUCAUCACCUUCACCGCCCUCGCUGCUGCACCACCCAUCGUCGGCGCAUGCGCCCUUCGCGCUGGUCGGUCACCAGCAGCUCGACAUGCAGCGGCAUUCGCACUCGGACGAUGACAGCGGUUGCGCGCUGGAGGAGUACACUUGGGUGCCGCCCGGUCUGAGACCCGAUCAGGUACGCUUGUAUUUCUCACAAAUACCCGAUGAUAAAGUGCCAUAUGUGAAUAGUCCUGGUGAACAAUAUCGAGUGCGGCAAUUGUUGCAUCAACUUCCGCCGCAUGAUAAUGAGGUUCGUUACUGUCACUCAUUGACGGAUGAGGAACGCAAGGAACUUCGCCUAUUCUCCACACAGCGCAAACGUGACGCUCUCGGACGUGGCAAUGUCAGACAGCUGAUGAGUGCGCGCCCCUGCGAUGGUUGUGAUGAAUUGAUUUCCACCGGCGACAUUGCUGUAUUCGCUACACGCCUGGGUCCGAAUGCUUCGUGGCACGCCGGUUGCUUCAUUUGCUGCAUUUGCCAUGAGCUGCUAGUCGAUCUCAUUUACUUUCACCGCGAUGGCCGUCUCUAUUGUGGACGUCAUCAUGCAGAGACAUUGAAGCCCCGCUGCUCUGCCUGUGAUGAGAUAAUCCUUGCCGAUGAAUGCACCGAAGCGGAAGGACGUGCCUGGCAUAUGAACCACUUCGCGUGUCAGGAGUGCGAGAAACAGCUAGGCGGUCAACGUUAUAUAAUGCGCGAGGGCAAGCCGUAUUGUCUGCUCUGCUUCGACGCGAUGUUCGCCGAGUACUGUGACUACUGCGGCGAGUCCAUUGGUGUGGAUCAGGGUCAAAUGAGCCACGACGGCCAACACUGGCAUGCGACGGACGAAUGUUUCUCUUGCAACACAUGUCGCUGUUCGCUUUUGGGACGUGCAUUCUUGCCACGUCGCGGUUGCAUUUACUGUUCAAUUGCUUGCAGUAAAGGUGAACCGCCCACACCAUCGGAUAGUUCGGGUGCUGGCAUGUACACCACACCGACACCGCCAACGCAACGUGUGCGUCCGCAGACGCGCAUACCCAGCAGUCAUGCAUCCAGUUCACCGCCAAUGUCACCAAUGCAACAACAACAGCACCAAAAUAGCUUCAAUCAAGCGAUGUAUCAGUUGCAGAGUCAACAGAUAGCGGCGGGUAUAGUUUGUGCGGGUACGGGUGGUGGACCAACCGCCACCGAUAUGAAUGUUGGUAGCGAUAGAGGGGGUGAUAGCGCUGCGCCAGUCAGUGGUGCAGAUGAUGUGACGCUUAGAGAUCCAACAAAACAAAGCUACCCAACAUCAGACUCUGACGGCGGUGUGGUCAAGGAUUUGGAACAUGCGAUUGGUAGUCGCAGUGCUGGUGAUUUUACAGACUUAUCAGGCGGUGCGCCUUCAACAUCUUCACAGAAUCUAUCACCGCUGAUCUCACCUGGCGAAUACACACAUUUGAUGCCACAACCAAUGGAGCUGAAAUCUGAGGCUGCUUAUAACUUCAAUGAGAUGUCGCUCAACUUAGAUGCAGCUUGGCCUAGUAAGCCGCCGCAUCCCGGCUCACAUACAUAUAACCUACCGCGUCAUAUGCAACAUGUCUCGAAAAUGGAAAGCUCUAUGACCUCGAGUAUGCCCGAACUUACUGGACGACCGGCUACACAGCCACCAUCGACUGGCACACACACUACCUCGCAACAAUUCGCACAAGACUAUGGUGAUCCGAUCACUUCAGCACUACCCUCCGACAUCGGCGAGCUACCCACACCCAAUUUGUCGGUAGCUUCGACCACGCUACCGCCCGAAUUGAUGGGCUCACCCACAGCCUCAGGCGGCGAGCGCUCAAUAACCUCGCCACAGUCUACGCAAUCCGGUCAACCACCCAUAUAUCCAGUGUCCAUACUCAGCGGCGCUUCAUCCUCAUCACCAAUGAGCGGCGCAACGGGUGAGGUGAAAAAGAAAGGUGUACGCUUCGAAGGUUUACCACCAGACCCACUGCCGCGUUCACGCAGCUACUCCGGCAACGGCGCGGGCACACGCGACCGUGAGCGCGAUCGUGACCGUGACCGUGACCGAGACCGCGACCAUGAGCGGAGCAAGAGCAAAGACUGCUGCAGCGGUGAACGUUCUUCCGGCGGUAGCGGUCAUCACUCAUCGCGUCGCAGACGGCGUCGCAAAUCAUCGGGUCAUCGCAGCAACGGUUACCGCUCGCAUUCCACAACGCGCGCCGACACCUACGUGACAACACAACCGCUCUCCUCCUCCUAUCAAGGACCACCAUCGGUGUUACAACGCGCUUCUAACACAAGCAGCACAUCCGCAGCACAGCCUGUCACGCAUUGUGGCGACGAUGAAUCGGAUGAUGCCUCGAGCGUUUGUUCCACUUGCUCGUCAUCCUCGUCCUCCUCCGAAGACUAUAUGAUGUAUCAGUUGCCGCAGCGACGACAUUAUGGCGGUGUGCGCGUCAGCUAUGUGCCCAACGAUGCGCUCGCCUAUGAUCGCAAACGAAAACCGACGGAUAUGAGUGACAAGGACAAGAACUGUAUUAUUUCGUGAUGCGUUGUUGUAGUGUUGUGUGAAGUUACGGGGCAAGCGCGUACAUGCGGUUGUGUGGCAUCAGCAACCAUUAAAAGUUGUCAGUCAGCGCAGCAGUGGAAAUAAAUGGGCGGCAGCGCCGCUGGCAAUCGAAGCCUAUAAUAUUUAAACAAAAACAAAAAGUACAACAAAAUUUAAAUGUGAAACGUAAUUAAAAAGAGGCAACAAUUAUUUAAAAUUAAAUAUAUGUAUAUGGCUUCCAGGCACCCUAAAUCAAAGCGGCGGCGGCGGGUAUCAAAGCGUUGGCAUUUACCAUCUGACAUAAUUAAUGAUUUAUAAAUUGCUUUAGUGAUGAGUUAAGUUGAAAGAGGAAAUUAAAGUGUAAUUGAAAACUUUAAAACAAAAAUUAGUAAAUGCCACUUCGGAAGAAGAAGUAAAGCAGAAUAAAUUUUAGAAUUGAAAUUACAAACAAAAGAAAAAAUAAUUUUAAAAAAUAUUUAAAUCUUAAAAAAAAAAUAUUUUAAAAAUGUUUGAACUUGUUUUUUAUUUUAAUUAAAAAUUAAAAAAAAAUAAUAU